GAGCCUGGGGUCCCCAAUUUUGUGGGCGAAGUUCCGCGUCCGCUCCGGGGCCUGCGCUCCCCUUCAGGUCUUAAUGGGGCGCCUUCUCGUGGCGGACGGGUCGCAAGUCUGGGACCCGGGGCAAACGCUCGGGACCAACGUGGGAGCUUUCAGCUCUGUGGCGACGACGUCUACAGCUCCUACCUUGGCGCCCGGCGUGGUGCGGACCAGGAAUUACUUUCUGGCCAAUCUGGGGACGCUUUGGCAGAGAUUAAGAAGGAAAAUAUCCCCCUUAAGAGUUUUUUUGUCAUGGACACAGGUUCAGUGGGAGGAUUAGACUUGACUGAACAGACUUCUGUGUUAUUAGGGAGCAAAGCCAUGGCAACUAGUUUCACGGACGUAGGAAAUUCAUUUGGUCAUCCAACUAGUACUUUAGUUAAUAGAUCUAGAAACUCAUCGGUGGAAGAUGAUGAUGAUGAUGUUGUAUUUAUUGAAUCUAUACAACCUCCUUCAACUUUUUCAGCAAUAGUUGAUCCAAGAGAUUUUAUAUUUGCUUCAUCAAGAAAUGAAAAGCUACAAGGAAAUGAUUCCCUAAUUCCUUCCUCAAGAGAUUUGGCUUCUCAAAAGGGAUAUAUAAGUGAGACUAUUAUUAUUGAGGAUGAAGAGGACAUAGAAACAAAUGGAGGAAAAAAGAAAAAUUCUUUCAGUUUUAUUGAAUGGGGACUUCGAGGAACUAAAAACAGAACCAAAGAUGUGGAUUUCUCCACUUCCAGUCUUUCAAGAAGAAAGACCAAGACUGCUGUAGGACCUUUUAAUCCUGGUAGGAUGAAUGUGGCAGGAGAUGAAUUUCAGAAAGGAGGAUUUGCGACUCAUCAUAGUCCUGAUUCUUGGAUCUCCCAGUCAGCAUCAUUUCCGCGUAAUCAGAAACAGCCAGGGGUGGAUUCUUUAUCACCAGCGGGCUCACUUCCUAAACAGAUUUGCCAGCCUUCUGCCCAACAGCAACGUACUAAGCCAGCUGAAAUCACUUGUGCACACUGCAAAACACCUUUACAGAAAGGACAGACGGCUUAUCAAAGAAAAGGAUCUGCUCACCUCUUCUGUUCUACCACCUGCCUUUCCUCCUUCUCUCACAAGCGUACUCCAAAGAAACACAAUGUAAUGUGUAAAAAAGAUGCACCUACAAAAAGGGCUACUGUUGUUCCUCAAGUGCAGUCGAGCCAGCCCUUCCAGGAAUUCUGCAAUACAUACUGUGUGUCUCCCUACAAAGACAACCAGAGUCUCAGAAAAAGAAUUUCAAAUAAAUCAAGAUGUACAAUCUGUAGUAAACUAACAGAGAUUCGCCAUGAAGUCAGCGUUAAUAAUGUGAUACACAAACUGUGCAGUAACCACUGCUUUAACAAGUACAGGUUGGCCAAUGGUCUGAUAAUGAAUUGCUGUGAACAUUGUGGAGAGUACCUGCCCAGCAAAGGUUCUGGAAACAGUGUCCUUGUGAUUGACGGUGGCCAACAGAUGACAUUCUGCUGCCAAAGUUGUGCUAACGAAUAUAAACAGAUGUUGGAAACAAAAUCAAAGAAAAUAUCCAUAUCAGAAAACAGGAAAAGAAAUGCUAUUGGAGAAGAAAAUGAAAGGAAAUUAUAUGGAUCAUUGAAUACACUUUUGGAAAAAAUAGAGGGAAUACCAGGAAAAAAGGAAAAGAUUUCAGAGCCACAGGUAUCAGCAAAGUGCAAGAUAGGAGCAUCACUAACCAAACAGGAUAUGAAUUUACCUGCUUCUGUGUCCAUCAUAGAUGAUACAUUUCAAGAGCAACUGGAAGAUAAAAAUUCCGAAGACUCCACUCAAGCAGUUGUGCUUUCUGCAGAUCCAGGCACAUGGCCCCGAAUUUUAAAUAUUAAACAGCGGGACAUUCUUGUUGAAAAUGAUCCCCCUCAAGUAAGAAAUUUUAACUUUCCAAAAGACAAUACAGGGAGGAAGUUUUCAGAAACUUAUUAUACACGAAUUCUUCCAAAUGGUGAAAAAACCCCUAGAUCCUGGUUGCUUUAUUCAACCUCAAAAGAUUCUGUGUUUUGUCUAUAUUGCAAACUCUUCGGGGAAGGAAAAAAUCAACUGAAGAAUGAGAAUGGGUGCAAAGAUUGGCAGCAUUUAUCACACAUUCUUAGCAAACACGAAGAAAGUGAAAUGCACAUCAACAAUAGUGUUAAGUAUUCAAAAUUAAAAUCUGAUGUGAAAAAAAACAAAACUAUUGAAACUGUAGAACACAAAGUACAUGAGAAUGAGACCACAGAGAGUGUGCUGUUGCUGUACACAUGAUAUACCUGAUAGGAUCUUAUGUCCACUCAGAGGAGAUCUGUACCUCACAGUCAAUACCAUUGUGUUCUAAGGCUCCUACAGAGAGUAACUCAACAGUCCAUUUGCAAUAAGCAUAAUAGCAAAGAAAUAGUAAAGAAGGUUUGUUUUCCAAAUUCUAAAGGUAUUUUGAUUCAAUAGGAAUUAAUGAAGGUUUCAAUAAACUGAGUUGUUAAUUUUUUCAGUCAAUUCACACGUUUUUAAAAUGGCAUUUGAUAGGUUUGGUUAAUUUACUAUUCUGAGUAGAAAACACAGAAAGAGGUAGAAAAAGGCUUAAAUUUAUCAAUACCAGUUUAAACAAGAUACUUAUGUGAACAAGUGUUAUUAUCAUUAUUAUUAAAGUAAAAACAUUCAGCAGCAGUCUAAGAAUAGAAUGGGAUAUGAAACUACAGAUUUUUGCUCUUAAACCAAAUACUUGUGAUUUAUUUCUUUUGGGUAAAACAUCCUUUUAUUUUAGGAUAAUAGCAUCAUUUGUUAAAUAAAUGUUUGAGGUGGUUAAUUUUCAUUUUACUGGUUUUGUUUUAAUUUGUAAAUAUUUUAGCUUUUAUUGUUUUGUGAGAACUGUAAGCAUAAAGUACCUAUUUUUAUCUUGGUAUACAUAUAAGAAAUAUGAAAAUAAAAAUAUAUUA